AUGGCGCCUGAAGAGGUUCCUCCUACACCUAAGAAGGUCUUCUUCUUUGAUAUUGACAACUGUCUCUAUCCGGCAAAAGCCGGAGUUCAUGAGCGCAUGGCUGAUAUGAUUCAUGUCUAUUUUGAGAAACACCUCAAUCUCUCACCUCAGGAGGCCAUCGAUCUUCACGCAAAAUACUACGCAACAUAUGGCCUGGCUAUCGGGGGCCUGAUGCGUCAUCAUAACAUUGAUCCCCUUCACUUCAACUCAGAAGUUGACGAUGCGUUGCCCCUCGAAGACAUGAUUCAAUCACGAAUUGACCUGGUCCGUCUGCUUCAAGACGUUGACCGAAGUAAAGUUAAGCUUUGGCUGUUCACAAAUGCAUAUGUCAACCAUGGUCAACGUGUUGUCAAGAUAUUGGGUGUGGACAAGAUGUUUGAUGGUAUCACUUACUGUGACUACACCAAACUUCCAUUUGUGAGCAAGCCGCAAGAAGAAAUGUUCGCCAAAGCGAUGAUGGAAGCAGGCGUGCACAACAUGGAAGAUUGUUAUUUCGUUGAUGACAAUUACAACAACUGCAACAUGGCGGAGAAGCUGGGAUGGAAUAGUGCACAUCUUGUCGAAGAGGGGGCUCACGUUCCCGCACAGCAAGCAUCCCAGCAUCAGAUUAGUCAUUUGGAUGAUUUGAGGCAAACGUUCCCACAAUUAUUCAAGCAAGGCGCAUGA